CAAAUUUUCAUUUUCAUCCUCAUGAAAAAAAUGAAUGAAAGAUAGAAAAAAAAAGAUUAAAAGAUUCCAUUUUUAAAGCAGCGUUUCGCCGCUUCCGCUUCCAUGUGAAUGCAACUACGUAUACCAAUCCCAGUCGAAACCCAAAUACCAUGCCCCCAAAAUCGCUUAUGGUCGAGAAUUUCAUUUGCAAGUCAUGCUUGUCGGCUUUACGAAAACGAACACCUGCCGCGCAGUGGGCAAUUCGGCACUCUUCUUCGCAAUCUUCGCAAGCUACAACCUCAACGCCCUCAUCCCGUCUAUCCCACGAAAAAGAUGCUGAGCGCCGGAAAACCUUGGAAGCCUUGGGUCUCUUGAAAAAAAGCAAGGAUGGCAAGGUAUCAGUCAACUAUUUCGAGCAAGGAACCGGAGGAAGACUGCGACGUCUGCAGGGCGAAGAUGAGUUUGGUCAGUCGCUUAUGGACCCCGAUGGUGAAGCUGAAAAUCGCUUGAAGCAGUUGGAAGAAGAGCUGGAGCAGGCAACACAAUUCACAAAAAUCGUGGAAGAUAUGUGGGGGAAAGAAGGCGCCGAGAAGUUGCGAAAACGAGUCGCUCUUCAAGAUACACAUCGAGACGAAUCUUCCAUAAAGCCUACCGUGCUAUUGCCCAACGAGGCCUGGCCAAGACCGCAGGACCGCUUACAUAUAUUUCAGCUGAACAACAUGAUACGGACAAUUGGCUGGAAAGUCAAUUAUGGAAGUGUCAACGCGAAGCGGAUCAAUGGCUUAUGGAAAUACUACUUCGCCGCCCGCAAAGCUUUAUCCAAGAAGUGGGAAUUAGUUCAUGCCGAUAUCUGGGAUCUCCUUUGGCAAAUCCUUGCGGCAGAUAGUGAGCAUAAUCCAAAUCGUAUGUCUCAUGUUCACAUUCUAGCCAAGGAUAUGGAAGAGGCUGGCGUUGUCUUGCGCCAUGACCAGCAACUACUUGCUAUCGAGUCCAUCUUCGUAAGUGUCUCGAAGGAAGAAGCGAUCACCGCCCAUAGAAAACUCGUUACCACCCUCGGCGCUGACCCGGAGGCAUUCGUGGACUUUUGGCAACUCGGUCUUCGGAUGUAUUGUUUGAUUGGCGAAUUAGCUCGAGCCGAGCGAAUUGCCAACAUCCUUAUUGACUCUCCUUAUGAUAAAGAUCCUCGGUUUCUGUUGCCGUUUAUCCGACUGUGUACUGAGAAUCCUGCGACAGUGGAAAAGGGGUUUGAGUUAUAUCAACGGCUGCGUUCUGCUCUAGGCGACUCGAUCACGAUCAAUGACUACGACCUGGUUAUAUCUUAUUUCUUGACCUCGAACGAGACCGAGUAUGCGUUCAACAUCUUUGUCGAGAUGAUGACAUCCAACACGGUUAACGUGCACGGGUCCUUUAAAAUUCCUGCUAGUGUUGCCAGCCCCUUUUUCUACGGCAAGUGGUUGAAGCGCCUCAUAGCGGCUGGUGAUCUUCGGGGAGCAUAUGAUGUUUUGCUCUAUAUGAAGUCAAGAGGUGUCAGGCCUCAAGCUAUCGUGGUUAACGGACUAAUUGGCGCAUGGCUUAGGACUGGAAUGGCUGAAAAUAUAAGAAAGGCCGAAGAAGUGGCUUGGGCUAUGAUCAACUCCCGCUUGCAAUUCAUUGUCAUUCGGAAAGAUAUGCAUAGCCUUGCCAAUUGGGUCAGGCUACGACCAUUCGGGGAAGGUUGGCCAACGGCAAACCUGGAAACAUUUUCGUUGCUUGCCGAGAAUUAUAAAGACCGAGGGAUGCACAACAAGAUGGAAGAGCUCUGGGGGGCGAUCCGAGAGGCAGAGAUUGACCCUGAUUCAUUCAUGCUGAACCAGUUGAUAUUUUCGUACCUCAAGGACGGGCAGGGCAAACUCGUCGCAUCCAUCUCCCGAGACCUAAUCGCCAAAUAUCAGAUAGAACCGGACUCGUGGACUUUCUUGGCCCUUUGGCAGGCCCUGCCUAUCAACCGUCUUGUUCAGAUACCACCAGGACAGCUUCCUCAGGAAGUCUUGAGGACCCGGUCUCUAUUUGCGGAUUUGGUCAAAUCUGCUCACAUAUUUACUACGACCGGUCUGGACGUUCAAGUAGCGAGAUAUGUUUUACAUUCAUUUCGCAAAUUAGAGGACAAAUUUGGACUACUCUUGGCAUAUCGAGCAUUGCGACAUAUAUUCCACUUCAACCCUCCAGAUAUCGUCGUCCUCGAGCUACAUGUAGGGUCUAUGGACUUGGAAAAAACAGGGAAGGGCAAAAAUGGACAUCGAUUAAUGCAUACCGGAAACCAGAUCGAAGGCCAUCUGAGGCGAAGGCAUGGGGAACUCAUUGCUUCGGGGCAAAUCAGCCCAGAGGAUGAUCUGCCUGAAGAGGUGAAACGCGAAGAGUUGAGCAACUUCCUCGACACGUUCUUAGAAAAUCAAGUUUACAUGUUCGAGACCGAGGAUACGGAGCAAUGCCUUGUGCAAGCUGCUAUGGAAAUGGGAUUCCAUGGUGGUGUGCCUCGCUUCAAGGCAACCCCUGAGAUAGGUGAAUAG